AUGCGGUUGUUUGCUGCUCUCCUUGCAGCAGCAGCACUGCUACCACCAGUUGUGAUUACCGACUCUAACAGCGAAAGUGGCCAAGGCCCCCAGUUCUACAAUUCGGCGCGUCAUGCAGCCGCGGACCCUUAUGUUUUUUACGACUCCGAAAAAGGCCAGUAUUAUGCGUAUUCCACCGAAGGAGCCGACGAGGGUUACCACUUUGCUGUCUACAUCAGCCCGGACCUUUCAACAUGGCGUAAACACCCCGGCGGUGUGUUGAAAGCUUGCUAUGAUGAUCAGAUGAAACGGGUAGAUGGCGGCCAAGCAUGCUGGGCCCGAGAUUGGUAUUGGGCCCCUGAAACCUACUACAACGAGAGAACGGGAUGGUAUUUUUCUAUUUUCGCUGGUCGUUUACGAGAAGAUUUGGCCAAGGACCAUUUCCGAUACUCCAAGUUCGAGGAGCCGUCUAAGCUAGGAAUCGCGGUCUCACGUUCGCCCACCGGCCCAUUCAAUGAGAUUCGGCCAGAGCCAAUUGGCUAUUACCCAUAUGAUCCAGAUUAUUAUGAUAUCAAUCUCAUCAUGGAUGAUCAGCAAAUGCUACCCCCAGAGAGUCUCGACAAGGGACAAGCUGCGCCAAAGGGGACAUAUAUACCGACUAUCGAUCCAAAUAUUUUCUUUGACAACGAUGGCCGGAUUUACUUGUACACGUCGCGAAACGCCUACCGAAACUGGAACUGGGACAUUUCUCUAGGGAAAUACAUCGAAGAAUCAAAUAUUAUUGUGGUUGAGCUGGACCGAAAGUGGUGGGAUGACCCCUUUGCGCGAACGAUGCCGGAGAUUGCGUCUUCUCAAGUCGACCUGCAUGCAAACAAUGCCACUCAACUACCAUCCAACAUCACCUCCUACAACGGCACGGGAGAAAUCGGGAAUCCUCCACGUAAAGACGGCUGGAAAACGGUCAUUUCAUAUGGUGCCGAUCCGCAAGACUGGGAAAAUUUCCACGUGGACGAUUACACCAAAUUCAAUGGUACCAAGAAGAAUCGUCGCUGGUCGGAAGGCAGCACAGUUAUCACACGGAAAAGCCGUGAGGAGAGGUCGAUAUACUUGUUGACGUAUAGUGCCAACAACUAUGAAGCUUCAAACUACGGCGUUGGGUUUGCCACAGCAGAAACCCCUCUGGGUCCCUUUCGGAAAUCCUCGAAAAACCCUGUUCUCUCUCAAGCACCUGAUGGGGAGAUUCCCAUCUACUCAACAGGCCACGGAAGUAUUGUUGCAUCGCCUCCUCCUAAUAACCGAGCCAAAUUGGGCGCACAAGAGGUUACGCGAAGAAGUUUGAAUGGUACAGAGCUAUUCUAUGUGCACCAUGCACGAAAUGACACAACGAGGGAUCGCUCUAUCUACACAACACGCAUGAGUCUCAAUGACUCUGCAAUGUUUGCCGGGUCCGACAAUGCUAUCAGCAUGAGCCUAACGCCACUCGACCAGCCACUUCCUGAAAACACCUACCCAAUCAAGUUUCAAGUUAGUUGCUCCAGCGAUCGAAGCUCUGGCGCUCGAUUUGAAGUUCGCGUCGUAUCAAAGGUCGGCGCUCCCUUUGAUCUCACAGAGGGAUCAAACAGGGUCGUUUCUAUUCCUGGUGCUAUAGAGGCAACCUCUAUAGAGGCUGUGAAGAGGCGGGACGGCGGGUACAUCCUAUCCUUUAGUGAUGGUUCCGUAAAGGAGCUGGCCUAUCAACGAUUGGGCGUUGAAAACAAUUGGACUACGGUCAAAAGCAAAGAAAUUAGGUGUAAGACAACACAGCGUCGUUUCUUGACGCAAGUAUGA